GGGGUCCACCCGUAGGUUGGACCUCACGGAGUCUGCGCCAGGCACCGAUGCGCCACCUCGUGGUCGGUUCAAAAACUGCAGUGACACGCACGGCACGGGCUUUCUCCCCACACAGCAGCAGCACGGGCAGAUUCGUUCCGCAUGCAGACUUUCGGGCUGAAAAACAUUAUUGGGAAUUCGAGCCAGCCAGCCAGCCAGCAAUUGGUUCGCUGCAUUGACCCGGAGUGGAAGUCGCCCGUGUGUGUCGCCGUUCGUCUCGCGUUGUCGCGCGGAUUCCUUUUCUCUGACCUAGCCAGCUAGCCUGGGUGGGUUGGGUUGGAGUGAGUUUGAGUUUCAGUGUUUGAAGUGUCUGCUGAAGUUUUGAGUGCGUUGGUUGCCUACCUUCCGGAGUAGCACACGGGGCGCGGCGUUUUUCGUGUGUGGUUUUCCCCUUUUGGAACGAAGUGAAGUUUGUGUUCUUUUCCAAACAGGGCAAAAGGUCUAUCACCUCCCAGUUUUUCUUCCGAAGAAGGUACUCCACAGGUUCCAGGAAAAUUCCUUCGUUACCCCCAUCGGAGGAAAAACCCUGAAAAUCGGUCAGCGAAACGAUUGUGGAUAGUAUUUUCUUUUACUCUCAAGUGGAAUGAAUCUAAAGUGUCACUACUGCAGUGGAGAAUGAUUUUCCCCACCCCAAAAUAGUUAGUGGUGGGUCCUAGUGUUAUUUUUUCGGUCCCUUUCCUCUUCCGAAGCAAUUUCUACGACAUGACCACACAUCCCAGGUGUGGAGAGAUGUGAGAACCUGUGCAAUCUUCCGGAAUCCCCCGAAAUCCUAGAUGAAACGAAAUCCCGAGAUCCCCUGCUUAGAUAAAUCGGGAAGAAUCGAGUGAUAGCAUUCGUCGAGCUGGGCCAGGGAAAAAAUAGAUCAAAAUCACUCACAAGAAAAAAACAGGGCGAGGUGUGUUGAAAGCAUCCCAAAAUCUGCAGAAAAAAGGCAACUGGGAAGGCUCUUCUCGAGUGAAGAAGUGUGACGUGUGUGAUUCUGGCUGCUUCCAAGGGAAAAUUCUUAUCCUGGAGUAGCAAAAACAAGAGCGAAAAAAAAAAUAUAAACGCAACCUUCCCUACAAAAGUGCUCCCGACAUCCACGAGCUUUCAUGUCGUAAGCCUAUUUGUGGUAUUGGGCUCAGUGUGUAUAUGUGUUUGGAUGUGUUUCUAUGUUUGUGUAGCUUCAAGUGUGUUACAUUCGUCGUGUACCAUUUUUGAGAAGAGGGUGGGCCUCGAUUCGCAAAAUCCUUAACAGCAGCAGCAACAACAACAUCAAGAAGAAAAAAAAUCAGCGGUUAAAAAAAUACCAAAAAAAACCUGCCAACCAGCACCGAAUAAAACAACUCAACCUUGCUAGGCCGCACGCUUUCCAACAUCAGAAGGAAAACCAACCGACGUCGUCGUGAUAACCCGACGCCGCACCGUGAAGAACACAAACACACGACACGACGCUCUUGUUUUCACGAGGAACCUUCAAACCUUCACGGGGGAAAAUUUUCGUGCUGUUGUGUUUUUUUGAUCCACAGCAGUUAUUGGUGGCCAAGGUGGAGUUUUUCUCCGUGCAAAAAAAGUGCUGGUUGAGCGCGCAAAAAAUAAGUCUGUGUGUCACUGAGUAAAGGUGAAGGCUGAGCGAAAAGAAAAAAAAUAACAAAAAAAAAAAAAAUACAAAGAAUCAAGGGAAACCCCUCGUGUGAGAAUAUGAUAGUCGAUCGUUGUUUUUGUUGAGUGACACAACGAAUAAUAUUGUUGAGAUUGGUUUUUUGGUGGUCCCUGUAAGUGUGGUGAGCUGUGAGUGGGUGGGAAAUCGACGUUUUGCCGGAAAUUCAUAUUCGGUGCAAAGUUGCUGCCAAACAAACCUAGUCUUUCAGCAUCUCUCGGCGGCAAUCAAAUUUAAUUUGCGCCACACUCACAGGAACGAAACGGAACCAGUAUGAAAGUUGUAGAAAAAGUUCCCCACGACGAAGACGUUCUUCUUCCAUUACAACGCCGACGAUAGCGAUAGAGAAAGUAAAGUGCGAGAGUAAGAGACUGAUAGUAAAGUUUUGCAUCGAACUUUGCCAACACCAACGCUUUCAGUAGGUUAUUUUAGUAGGGGAAGCGGGGUCAAAGAAAUAGAAGAAAAAAGUGCAGUUGAUAAAAGUUUUCGCUCCUGUUAGAAGUGAGAAAACUGUCUUUCCCCCAGAGGUUGGGUCCUACGCGGUAGUGAAUUGGAGCAACGAGCUCGUAGCAAUAAAGUGAAAUUAAAAGUUUCCGGCAGCUGGGCAGAGGGUGGGUUGUGUGGGGCUAGAAAAACCAUUCCGAAACCAUGGCCUGGGGCUACUGGAGUGCAACGGCCGUUGAUCGGGGUCGGUCUCCUCGGCGGAAUACCCAGCAACAGCAACAGCCACAGUAUCCGUAUCAGAACCAGAACUACCAGCCCCCGUUGCCUCAGCCUCCUCAACAGCAACCGGCUCAACAGCAACAGCAGUACAACCUCGCCCAGUCCCAGCAUCAACAGUCGACGCAAUGCCUUGCCAAUAGUUGCCCUCAGGCGGCGGGGUCGGCCAACAACGAUCUUCCUCCGCCACUUCCGCCCACGCAGCAACAACAGCAGCAGCAAUGUCCUGCCAGUCCUUGCCACAGUCCCUGUCACAGUCCCCAGUUCAUAGAACACAUUCCCCCGGAUCUGCCCUGCACCCCAGUUUGCACCUUUUCGCGUAGACAGUCACUUGAUAGUCCACAGGUAGAUCGAUGCGUAUCGUCCAUCGGAUUCGCAGAGGUGAGCCAACUGUCGGACAUCAUCUGCCGGGCGACGCAGCCCUCGAUCCAGUCGGCCGGAAAUACCCUUACGCGUGGAACGUCGCUGCGAGACAACGGAGACUACGCGGUGCCACAUCCGCAUCCGCACACGCACCACUACAUGACCACCUCGGACACGCCGCGGACGUUGAGUCGGGUCGGAUCGUGUCCGGGUUCGACUGGCGGAGGGUCCGGAUCGACGCACGGGUCCGGUUCCGGGUCCAGUCCCGGGGGUGGUGGUGGAAGCGUCGGCAUCGGUGUCGGGGGCAUGGUGGUGGGUAUCGGAAUGGCUGGGGUUCCCGGCGUGAGCGGGCCCGGCAGCAUCUGUAGCCGGAUGGAUGGGAGGGACAGCCUUGGGGGUAGUAUGGGAGGCGGAAUUUGUGGGGCCAGUAUCCUGGGAAGUCAACCGGGAGGACUGGAGUAUGUGGAGUGUUCCCAUUACGACCGGAUGCCACUGCCCAUUCCGGUUCAGAUACCGGUGGUUCCGCCGCCGCAGCUUCACUCGGAAGACGAAAUUGAACCGGCUUAUGCGACAGUAUUCCCGAAUGUUCCGUCUGCUCCCGGAAUGUCCUGCGUAGGAGAGGAUCGUAGCAUCUACAGGAGAGGAGCCCGAAGAUGGCGCAAGCUGUACCGAAUAAAUGGGCACAUAUUCCAGGCGAAACGGUUCAAUCGGAAAGCCUUCUGCGCCUUUUGCCACGACCGGAUCUGGGGCCUUGGCCGGCAGGGCUUCAAGUGCAUCCAGUGCAAGCUGCUGGUGCACAAGAAGUGCCACAAGCUUGGCAACAAACCGUGCAGCAACGAACACGUGGAGCCGGUCUUCAAGGAGCGUGAUGCGGAGCACGAUGAAUCGGGCAGCCACAGCGUGAUUCAGCCGGCCGAACCCGGCUACCCGUCCGAGUACCAAAGCCAAGGAGAACCGUGUGACCAGGUUUCAGUAGAUCCGGCCGAGAACGAUGAAGAGCUGCUGGCCCCGAGCGUCCAGCGGCAAUUCUCACUGGACGAUUUCGAGUUGAUAAAGGUCAUCGGUCGUGGUAGCUACGCCAAGGUCCUCAUGGUGGAACUGAAGAAAACGCACCGGAUUUACGCGAUGAAGGUCAUCAAGAAGGCCCUGGUCACCGACGAUGAGGACAUCGAUUGGGUCCAGACGGAGAAGCACGUGUUCGAAACGGCCUCGAAUCAUCCGUUCCUGGUGGGGCUGCACUCGUGCUUCCAGACCCCGUCGAGAUUGUUCUUUGUGAUCGAGUUCGUCCGCGGGGGGGAUCUGAUGUUCCACAUGCAGCGGCAGAGACGCCUUCCGGAGGAACAUGCCCGGUUCUAUUCGGCCGAAAUCAGCUUGGCACUGAACUUCCUGCACGACCGGGGCAUCAUCUAUCGGGAUCUGAAGCUCGAUAACGUGCUGCUGGAUCAGGAGGGCCACAUCAAGCUGACCGAUUACGGCAUGUGCAAGGAGGGUAUCCGUCCGGGUGAUACGACCUCGACGUUCUGCGGUACCCCGAACUACAUCGCGCCGGAAAUUCUCCGGGGAGAGGAUUACGGUUUCUCAGUCGAUUGGUGGGCUCUAGGAGUGCUGCUGUACGAGAUGUUGGCCGGACGCAGUCCGUUCGACAUCGCCGGUGCUUCCGAGAAUCCAGAUCAGAACACCGAGGACUACCUGUUCCAGGUGAUCCUGGAGAAGACGAUACGUAUUCCGCGGUCGCUCAGCGUCAAGGCCGCAUCCGUUCUCAAGGGUUUCCUGAACAAAAAUCCGGCGGACCGUCUCGGGUGCAGCCACCAGAACGCCUUCAUGGACAUCGUCAAUCAUCCGUUCUUCAAGAGCAUCGACUGGGAAGCGCUUGCCCAAAAAGAGGUAGCGCCACCGUACAUUCCGUCGUUCGACGGGUGCGAUCAGGACAUUACCUGUCACUUCGAUCCACAGUUCACGCGGGAACCGGCCGAGCUGACGCCGGACGAUCCACGCGUCAUCGACCGGAUCGACCAGAGCGAGUUCGAGGGCUUCGAGUACGUGAAUCCGCUGCUAAUGUCGCUGGAAGACUGCGUUUGACAUCACGCAUCCUGCGAGCUGCAUCCCUACAAUAUGCAGUACGAUUAUUGUAUCUACCAACAACAGCCAUAAAGUACUUUUAUUCAACCGAAAUAACCAAAAAAAUAUCACGACUCAAACUACUAGUAUGUUAUAAAAGUUCUCCCCUUCCAACCAAAAAAAAUAAAACCAAAAAA